AUGUCACUGUUCACCGUCAGCAGCGGCCUUCGCGCCGCCCUCCGACCCUCCAUCGCCAGCACCUCGCGCGCGGCCGCCUUCACCACAACCGCCGCUGCGCGUCUCGCCACGCCCACCAGCGAUGCCCCCUCCAGCUCGGGCAAGCCCCAGCACUUGAAGCAGUUCAAGAUCUACCGCUGGAACCCUGACAAGCCCUCUGAGAAGCCCCGCCUGCAGUCGUACACCCUCGACCUCAACCAGACGGGCCCCAUGGUGCUCGACGCGCUCAUCAAGAUCAAGAAUGAGAUCGACCCUUCGCUCACCUUCCGUCGCUCGUGCCGUGAGGGCAUCUGCGGUUCGUGCGCCAUGAACAUCGACGGUGUCAACACCCUCGCCUGCCUUUGCAGGAUCGACAAGGCCAACGACACCAAGAUCUACCCCUUGCCGCACAUGUACGUCGUCAAGGACCUCGUUCCGGAUCUGACGCAGUUCUACAAGCAGUACCGCUCGAUCGAGCCCUUCCUCAAGUCGAACAACACCCCUGCUGAGGGCGAGCACCUGCAGUCGCCCGAGGAGCGUCGUCGUCUCGACGGUCUCUACGAGUGCAUUCUCUGUGCUUGCUGCUCCACCUCCUGCCCUUCCUACUGGUGGAACCAGGACGAAUACCUCGGACCUGCCGUCCUCAUGCAGGCUUACCGCUGGAUGGCCGACUCCCGUGACGACUUUGGCGAGGAGCGGAGACAGAAGCUCGAAAACACCUUUUCGCUCUACCGCUGCCACACCAUCAUGAACUGCUCCAGGACCUGCCCCAAGAACCUCAACCCCGGCAAGGCCAUCUCGCAGAUCAAGAAGGACAUGGCUGUGGGUGCACCCAAGGCCGCCGACCGCCCCAUCAUGGCUUCGUCGUAA